AUGGAGGACCACACGAAGAAGGCCGCCGUAGCGUUCAUGAAACCGAACGCGCGCGCAUUCUUCAACAAGGUCGUUGAAAUUGUUGGAGAAUGCAGGGACUGCUACAACGGGGGCUCGCUCCCGCUGAUGAGCAAAGAUGAAUUCACACGCAUGCUGUUCAUCGACGGUUGCUUUAUACUACAAUUCAUCGAUCAGGCUGUGAAGAACGACAUGAAGGAUUUCACGGUGAGCGCGCACCUGCAGGGGUUCAUCUUGCGGGACAUGUUCUUGCGGGAGAACCAGCUCCCGUACUGCCUCCUCGAAAAGUUGAUGGAGGCGAAGAGCGUGGAUAUCGACAAGUUCGUGGAUCAAGUCGCGGACACGCAAGGCCAGUGGCAGAAGAUGGAGAAAGAAAACAGCAGUAAGAGCAUUGACGGGGAGCACGAGCACCUCCUGGCGCGACUGCGGAUGCGGCAGCUGGGGCCGGGGGACCAGACCCCACAGCUGGCGUGGGGGAGCAACUGGCAGUCGUUCCGGUCGGCCAAGGGGUUAAUCGAGAGCGGCAUCAAGCUCCGGUGGGAGAAGACCAGCUUCCUCCACGAUGUCAAGUUCACGCCGUGCCUCGUCUGGGGGAAGCUGUCGCUGCCGCGGAUUGUCAUCGACGACCUCACGCGAUCGCGGCUGCUGAACAUGAUCGCGCUGGAGAUGUGCAGCACCGCAGGCGGCGACUAUGGGAUCACGUCGUUGGUGUGGUUUCUGGAUCUGCUGAUCGACCACGCCGACGACGUUAAGGAGCUGCGCCAGGCCGGGGUGCUGCUGAACGCGCUGGGGAGCGAUGAGCAGGUCGUGGAGAUGUUCGACGAGAUCGCGACAGACCUCGUCCCCGACCAGCAGGCCUACAGCACCGUGACGCAGUCCAUCAACAGUUACUAUACGUUCAAGGCUAGGGUUUCGAUCUACAGGAUGCUGCACAGGCGUUUCGGGCAGUCCCUGGUGGGCCAUCGCCUUCCUCGCGGCGGUCGCGCUUCUGGAGCUCAGCGUGGUGCAGACCGUCUAUACUGCGAUACAAACUGCAUGUGUUUGUUUGUACCAAGUUCGUCCGUACUAUUUGUUUAA